UAUGGCCCAGUUCGUGCGGUAAUAACAUAUUUAUUUUGAGAUAGCAGAAGGAAGAAGGAUACCUGAAUGUGAACGUGAUGGAAUUCACAGAACUCAUUAUCAGCAAAUCAGCCAUUAACGAACGGGGAAAAGACAGUAAUAGGUCCCAAAGUGCCCCAACAGAUGAAAACGUGUAUGUCUGUGAUUCGAUGGACACACGAGAACAUAAAGCCUAUAGAUAUGGCAUGAGAAGAAUCCAAACAGCUGUUUCAAAAUGCAAUGCACAUAUUGAUGAUAAAACCAAAACGUCAAUAUAUCAAGGCAAGAUUGCAUUGUGCGCGUCCCAGGAUUGUUAUUUGCAAAAAGUGUUUCAAACAAAACACAACUUUGAACAGAUGACCCUUUCGAAGAUACAAAAGCACAAACCUCGUGAUUCUCCUAUUAUUUUUAUCGUUUCAAGCUCUGAGAAGGCAAAGAUUGAGAAGUUUUGCACCAACAUUGAACCCGAUCAAAAAGAUAAGAAAUUGGUUUGCGUUUUAGUUGUGGACGAAAAUGGUGGUAACGAAAAACCCGUUGUUGCCCCAAGAGAGUAUGGCUUUUUGCAGCGAUGUUCAAAAACAGAGCAAAUAGCUUGUUGUGUUGAUGAUUUAUUAGAAAGACACAUGUUCAUGUUCUAUGAGAAUGUUUUGAAGGCAUAUUUUCGCUCAAUAUCCAGACAAAAUCAUCCAGAAAAUGAUGAAGUUCUUAGUGAAGCGAAAGCGUUGCACGAAAAAUUUGAAGUACCCUUACCUGACUGGCUGCAGCAACAGGCAAACUCUGUCAUCGACGUCUGCGAUGAUAAAUAUCUUUUCAACAGUUUGAAACCGGUAUUCUGUGAGCUGAAGAAAAUGUCUUCGGUGUUUGACAUUGUUCCAGUAACAAAACAUGUGGUUAUUAAAGUUCUGAAAGCUUCAACCGAAAAAGAAACUGCUCAAAACGUUGACGCAGUAAGGAAAGUGUUCGAGAAAUGGAAAAUAAAAUCAGAGUUAUUUGAAAUCAAGACGAUUGUAUUCAAAAAAUCCGCUGAUUAUAAAUAUAACAGUGGCGACGAAAUAAACGUUCGUGAAAGAAUUGGAACCUUGAGCGGUUUUGCAAAGAUGGUCGACGCUAAAACGAAUGAAGAUAUGGUUGCAAUUUUAUCUGGACACGUCGCUGGGAAUGAUCCGGCCUUGAACAUAAAAGAAGAAACUGUUGGUAAUAUUUUGCCAAGGCCUUCAAGCGAUUGUCUUAAUGCUGAUAUCUCUGUUGCAAAAGUAUCAAAGGAAACAUCGCAACAAUGUGACAAGAAGUUUAGAAACGAGGAUAGUGAACGCUUAAACGCAGUACCUCUGAAAACAGAGGAAUUGAAAAAGACACGUUUCGAAAGAGUUCACAUUUGGGGAGCAAAAUCUAAGCCAGGAAUUGCCCAAGUCAAAGAACACGGAUUUCUCCCACCAGAAGAAGUCGGAAAUUUCAUUUACCUUGUAAAAGAGUCGGAUGCUUCGAGCCAAUCUACUUGGCAACAAGGCGACAGUGGCGCAAUGGUUCUUUCUGAAAGAUAUCGAAAGGAAGAAGAUCAAACUAUGCGUGCAAUUGGACUAUUGAUGGGAGAAAGUGUUGAAGAAGAUGGCAAGAAAUAUGUUGUGUCACCAUUGCAGAGUGGUUUUGAUUAUCUUUCGAUUGAUCACGACGCAACAUUUUCACUCUACAGCGAUGAUAGUAAUGAAGGAGAAUAAGAUUUCCUUCAAGGUAAGUGUUUCGACUUGAGUUGGAUUAAACACAAAUGAUAAAUAUAUUUCUACUUAUUGUUUUUAUCAGGAUAAUUAUCAUUUUAAACCACACGUAGAUGCUUGGAUAUCGUGUUUGUUUUAAAGGACAUGUACCUGCAUAACUAUAUACUUUCAAUUAUUUUCUUCUGCUCUUUUAUUAAAUAGAAAUUUGAAGCAGAAAUGUAGUAACGCAGUAAACUGCUUCAGCAAGUGAUUUUAGCCAUUGCCUCCCCGAAAAUGAUUCAUUUAUUGUACUAACUACGGCAUUCGUGGUUAGAUUACAACCAAGCGUAAUGUUUCCUCGCCAUCGCCAUUAGAUCAAUAUAUAUGCAAAAAGCUACAGAAACAUGCUCAGUAGCAAAAAGCAAUGACAAAACCUCUUUCAAAAACGAUGUAGACUUGCUAUUUGGUUUAUCGCUGUAGUAUGCAUUGAAUUAGUUUAAACUUUAUUUAAUUUUACAACGAUUGUGAAACAAGCUAUUACAAUUUAAAUAUAUCACUCUCGUUGACACGAUGCUGCGCGAGAGUGUGGUCUUGUAGUGUAGGGAAAACUGAAAAACCCGGAGAAAACCCACUUGUCCGGCUUUGUGACCACUAAGCAAACUCACAUGCGCCCAGACAAGGAAUCGAACCCGGGUCGCCUUGGUGAAAAGCGAGUGCGUUAACCACUUCGCUAACUGGACAACCAAUUUUGCACAUUUAUUUCAAACCUAAACAGCGUUGACAUGCUCAACUCCUUUUUGUGUUGUUAAUAUUUAUUUACUUCGCCUCGGUUUGGAAGAAACAUGCUCGAGUCUUUUCGCAGGGGGUGCAGUGGUAACUAGUACCGGUGUUCACCAUGAGAGACGAUGAGAACUGAGAUGAUUUUGAGAUAUGAAAUCAGCACAUUUAUGCGUGUAUAUCUUUCUGCAUACACUUAUAAUUAAUAUCGAUAAACAAGACAACUUUCAUGGCAACAUCAUGUAACUCCGCAGUGUUUGUCAAUUUCAUAGAACAAAUAUGUUUUAUAGUACCCUGAAAACUUCAGGGACAAGCCCUGUAGAUAUUUGUUUCCCAUAAUGUACUUUGUAUUUUCAAUAUAUGCAACGUACCUUUGUUUAUAAAAACAAACUUAAUGUUUACGUUUUUUAACCAGGUUUUCAACGAAAACCGGGUUAUUAGAAUGAGG